AUGGUUCUUCCCCAAAUCUUACAUCCCAACGUGCAAGUGAAUGACAUUACUCGGCAAUUCCGUGGAGCGGCGUCACGGCUGCGCCCGGGCAAGCUCGUCAAAGAUGAGCACUUUACACUAUUCGAGGCCGUUAGCGCCUUAGAGAUAGGGGACCCGAAGAUGGACAGUGGAGCCCUCAGAUCUGGCCCCGACGAUGAAGAAGAUCUUGAUCUUUCCUUGACCCCGUCCGCGGAGGAGAUAAUAUGGUUAAUGGAUGAGCUGACAUGUCGGGAGGUUGCGUGGCACACUGGCUAUCCUCUAUCUCAGACUCUCUUUACCUCUGUCCAUAUAGAACGACUGUUGUGGCCGGAGCCGAAACAUCUCACUGAUGCUCGAUUUGACCGUGGCGAUUCUGGCAUGACCCAAACCUCCUCUCUCCUGUUGAGUGUUUUUCAACCUUACUGCCUUGGUCUGAUAAAGUGUUGUGACCUCGUUUUGUCCACCAUUACAAGUGAGCAUUACUACGAGGAGGAAGAUUUUGCAACGCAGGUCUACAACAGACCAUUGCUUCACAACUUCCCGGUCGAUGAAGUCUCGACCUUGCUGCAGGGCGCCUCCAUCUGGCUGCAAGAUUCCAAUAUCCCGGCUGAGUUGAAGCAGGCUCUCAAAGUCCGGCUGGACUUACGGCACUCGCUGUUGCAUCUAUUCGAGUCCCGUGUACCUGGCCCGCGGAAUACCGUGGAAGAUUUCGAAAAAUUCAUCGGCAAUAUUAACACGACAGAAGCAUCAACAGUCUUGGGCCAGCCUACCGUCGAUGAAUCGUUCACGCUGAAAAUCCAACGGAAACUUGCCAGUAGUGUACCACCAAGACCCAUGGUCACCGUUGAACGACCAAGGACUUUCGCCUUCCUCAGACGUCUGAUUACCGACUGUCGCCUAGCUUUUCAACUGUUCGACAUCUCGUGCAGCCGGGACUUACUGGUGGCAUACCAGACCUUUAUGGGGCAGUCACCGCAGCCUGCUGUCUACGUACGUGCACUGGUGCAGUCUUUUUUGACCUGCAAUGAUGCCGUACUAGGCAAGUCCACUGUCAGAGACUUUAUAUCGCAAGAUAUGGGCUCUCUGGUCAGACCUGCCGUGCUUCUUGCCGACCACAUCGCUGGCCUGGAUGACCAGUCAACCAACACAUGUUCCGAUCUCGAAACCCAUCUUGAUUCGUUCAUGAAUCGAUGCGGGCAUUCUUUCCUCAAUCUGUUUAGAACGUUUUGCCUUAAUCGCUGCCGGGUACGACGUACGCUGUGCCAUGCUGUGCUUGAGUGGGAUGAAAUUCAAGCCCAGGCGGAGGAUAUAGACACUCUCGCACAGUCGAUGUUGCAGGAAGAGCCUGCCUCUUACCCAUCUGGUGAUGAGCUGACAUUCUCUUAUUCUCUCAGCAGCUGGGUCUACCACCACAAGCUCACUCAGCUUCGGACGAUUGUACAGAUGGGCUUUGAGCUUGCUAUCUACACUCCACACGAGUUCGCCGACAUGUACUGGUAUCUCACCUUUGUAUCCAGCACACACCUUUCGCAUCUGGAACGGGUUAGUUUCUUUGUAUCAUCGACGCAGCUCUCCAAGUUAUCACCAGAGCAAGAUACGCGGUAUACACUGCGCAGAUUAUAUAAGGAGUUCACGUGGCUGAAGGCUGUUGAGGCAUUGUCGAAAGCAUUGCAUCGCAUGAUUGUCGUCCUACAACGACACGGACAGUUGGCAACUCCCAAGCCAGCAUAUGCGUCCGAUUUUCUUAGAUACGAACUCAGGAUGCGGCCGUUCAUGCAUUUGUCCGUCCCCGAACCUAUAAGCGUGGAAAUGGCCAAACAGUCAUCCUCGCUACGAAACUUACCAGAUCAAGUUCUGCUCCAUCAGGCUUCACAGUUGAUUCAGGUGGCAAGAAAGGCACUGGAGGAAGUUAUGAAGGACAAGUGGAGCUUGGAAGCUCGUUCGAGCUCCGGGGCGCACUCAAUGACGGCGGCGCACGGCACCUCCGCAGCUGCGAGUUGUACGGUGGAAAGCGAAUGGACAAAGGACGUGCAAGACUGUAUGCGGACUUGCAUCGGUGCUGGCAUUGCUAUCAGUACAUUGAAUAAGGCCCUGCAGGAGAGCCGCGUUACUGCUAUCAAGGUGGACAUUCCGCCUCUGGGACACCGGGAUCGUUGGCACAAGUCAUGGCCCGUUCCAAAGAUUCAUACUUGA